AAAAAGACCCCCCAAAAAACAACCGAUAAGACGGAAUGGACGGAAUCAUCGGUCAGUGCGUUCCAUUUCCCGCACUCCGCCAAUUAAACGCGUAGAAAGCACGGUGCGUAGUGUCCGUGCAGUGUGUGUGCCGCUUGUGGUUUAAGUAAACAAACUACCCGGACAACAACAACGCAUCAUUAAGUUCCCGACACCUCGACGGCGCUGUGCGCCGUGUGACCGGACCGGAGGAGCAGCGUACAGAAAGGUGGUGCAACAAUGUCCACGAACAGUGGCUUGCUCUAUCCCAGCUUGGUAGAAGUAUGCAACUACCACGAUAUCUACGUUCAACAGCCCGCCGGCCAGGAGGAAUUAGAUAGCGCUAACACUACCACAACCACUGCACCUCCACGUGGCAUGGCGCCACCACCACCGACUAGCGGGGCGGCCGCCGUUCCGUCGCCAUCCGAAACGCCAGCAGUAACAGCAACAGCAACAGCGGGAAGCGGUCCCCGGAGCGCAGGGUCCCGUAAUGCUCCAUCGGCACCAUCGGCCGGAGCCGUACACAGCGCGCACGGUAGCGGACCGAGCACGUCACGGCGAGGCGAACCACCCACCUACGAGGAGGCGGUCGACAUCGAGGGACCGCCACCGUCCUACGAUUCGCUGUACGGCCGCGUCCGCGAAGCUCACAAACGAUCGCAAGGGGUCCUAGAUUUUGUAAAGAACAUCGUUAUCCUCGUGCUUGGCACCCUUGGUUGCACCAUCAUCCUCGGCAUCACGAUCGUCAUCCCGGUGUGUAUGCUUGUGUUUGGGAUCAUCUACCUGUACGAUUGCCCGCAGGGCGAGUACAUACCGGUGUAUCUGCUGGUCGGCGGUGGCUUCGGAGUCCUCAAGCAGCUGUUGCACCUCUCGACGCGUGUCCGCAGCCGCGAGGAGCAAGAGCUCGAGAGGCUGCGCCAAACGCCCACCCAGACGCUGAUCAACUGCUUCAUGCUCGGGUGGUUCAUCAUCGGCUCGUUCUGGAUCUACCGGAUCUACGAGCCCAACUACGACCCGGCGCUCGGCAAGUACUGCAACAAGUCACUGUACCUGUUCACCUUCUGGCUGAUCACGUCCGUCUACAUUACGCUCGGCGUCGUCACCGUCGUGCUGUGCGGCGUCAGCAUCAUCAGUCUCAUGCUCCACCGGCAAACCUGGCCACAGCAACCCGGCGACCGCGUCCAACGGGGCGGUUGACAGUGCUGAUCAAUCGCCGCACACCACCUACCGCUAGUUAACGUAUUUUCGACAGUUUUCUAAUCGCUUCACGUAUUUACAGAGCGCGAAAAAAGGGUUUACGACGGGGAACGACUCUCGAACGGACGGACGGAGGGGCAGAAGAUGAAAUGCACGCACAGUGAAGACGCCGGCCCGCGCUGCGUCUACCCGGAAGCCGGUCCCACCGGUCCGGGGUUAAUUUCUAUCUAAAUUUUAGGCGAUCGUACAAUCGAUGUGAAACGCUUCUGUAACGAAAAAUUGGCGAAAUCCCCGUUUUCAUUCAUAUGCAUGUUGCACGUGACAUACGAACGCACACGCCGCGGUGUUGCUUUAUGCUUUAUGUUUACUCUCUCUCUCUCAAUCACUAUCUCCUUCUCUCUAUUAAAGUGAUAUUCAGCUGGGUAAGCUUCCAAAAUUUAACCAAAUAACUUACAGCAGGCUCCAUGUGUGCCGGACCUGAAAACAUCCGUCUUUAAGAAGAGGACCAUUGUUAAGGCGCGACUUUACAUUGAACUUGAACUACCCCGAACAUGGUAGUAAUAUUUAGAAAUGGUUUUAUUUACGACCCACUCUUUAGUGGAAGUUGUUUCUGUGUGGUCACCAGGUUAAAGGUUGUUCACUGCGCUGACUGGGUUUACACAACUUUACGAAAGUUUGAGAUAAUUUUUCACUCGUUUGUCGACUGUUUGAAACACGCACGAAAGCGUGACCCAAAACCUAUGAUCCGAAUAUACUCUUUCGAAACGAAACCAUCGUUCGCCCAUUUUGGUCGUCACUAUUUAGGCUAGGUAUUCAAAGGUCGCAGGAGGUCCAGGACGGCACACAGUACCCGCUAGGGGUCGACCGCGGGGGGCUCGUUUUGUGCUUCCAGCGAGACGCACACCGGAAUGCAGAAGAAUAUGCAAGCAACGGAAAGGGCAACUGCAAAUGAAAGUGAUAACCAACAACAAACCCGUUUGUGGGCGCGCAAAAUAUAUUGCGAUGGCUUAGGUUUAAGUGUGGCGCGCGCGUUCAGUUUUUCUACACCUUUCUUCCGGUCGAUCUGUGUCUCGUGAUAUUUCGUUUUCGAUGUGUGCGCGCUAGGGAGAAAAGGUUCGCGCGUACCGCUUAGUUCGACAAACACACGCCACUAUGAUAAAUGGUACUGUCUGCAUAUAAUUAUUGAAAGCCACUUAAUCUCCGAAGCAAUGAAGGUUAUUUUUAUUGGAGAAACACGGGAACAAGCCGCGUCACCGCCAAAAACGAGAGAAUCCCUGAACGAGAGGGCGCGCGCAGCAUAUACUACCCGAAACCCGAAACUAUUUACUUGGCACUAAGAGCGAAAGGGAAAAGGGGGACUAGAAACGGUGGCGCAUUAUUGCCACCACCCUCUCUCUGCAUACUCUAUAUUGCUAACCAACUAAAUAUUUAUAAGAAAAGUUACGGUCCUACAGUACAUUUAACCACAGUCUGUAAAAGACGCUGGAAGGUUGAGGGUGAAGACGGCGAUCACCAACAUAACUCUCAAGUCCACUACCCUACCGCUUAGAAACGUAGCGUUUCGAUUCUUAAACUAGAGGGACGAGAGCAUGCGGCCAGUGUAAUAGCUCGAUAAGACACGAAAAGUUUCUCCGUUCUUCUUAAAUACCAGAACCAAUAAACACCUUCACUUGAGCA